AGCAUCAACAGAGGAGUUUAAAAUGAGAGCCAUGUUCAAAAAGGAUAAAAUUCUUUCAUUGCCUGGAGAAGAGUCAUAACUCAAGUGAUUCACUGAAGGAGGAUCCAGGAUGUCUGGGCGUGGCAAGAAGCUAGCAAAGCCUGCAACCAGGGAACUAAAAAACAAGAGUGCAAAAGCAGGUUUGCAGUUCCCAGUGGGCCGCAUUGGACGCCUUUUGAGACGGGGUCGGUAUGCAGAAAGAGUGGGUGUUGGAGCCUCAGUGUACAUGGCGGCCGUGUUGGAAUAUCUGACGGCAGAGCUACUGGAGCUGGCAGGAAAUGCUGCUCAUGAAAACAAGAGGCAACGAAUUGGGCCACGCCACAUCCAGUUGGCGAUCAGAAGCGAUGAUGAGUUGAACAAGCUUUUUGCACAUGUGACCAUUGCUGAAGGUGGAGUUCUCCCCCACAUCCAUGCUCUGCUUCUUCCAAAGAGAACAGCACAGUUCACUGUUCCACAGGAGGAACUAAGGGGACCUGACCUCAUGUGACUUUUCUUUCUCUUACUGUAUGAAAAAGCUCCUUGUCCUUUUCAUGUAGCACUUUCGCUAGGAAGAGCUCUAUAUUAAUGUGCUUUAAUAAUAUUUUUGUAAU